AUGAUAGUUUACAGUGAGUCAAACUGUAAAUCUAGUGGCGGAGAGGAGUAUGAACGAAUUUCAGAAGCACAAUGUGCAAUUGUCAUCAUUUUCGCGGUUUUCCUUCAAGUUUCUAGUAAGCCUGGAUGUUCGGCUGAUUAUCUUGAUGUUUUCAGCCGCCUACUCACUUUCGCAACUCUCGAACACGCUCAACGACUUUUCGUUUGUGGCUGAGGAGAUCUCGCUCAACUUUGGAAUCCUCGACGGAUCCGUCCGUUUCGAUCAGAUUCUUGCCUUGCAUUUCCGAUUCAAUGAUACGAAAUUAUUCCGUCAAAUCUCUGAAAUAAGGGUUGAUGACAUCGAGAAGGACAUGAAUAAACUAAUGGAUUCCAUUGGAAAGUUCCAUUCGGAAGUGAACUCGACGCCAAUUGAUAGAGGAUUGAAGUCAUUGAAAAAUAUGAAAGAGUCGAUGAAGCCGAUGUACAAGCAACUUGAUUUGUACUUUCAAAAGUACCGACGACUCGAAGAACUGUACACUAUCCUGAAACGAGAGGUCAAUCUCGAGUCGGCUUUUGGUGAGAAAAGUCCGCCUUACCAGUUCAAGUACUCCAUGCAGAAACUUGGACGUCUUUCCCAAUCGGGAGGAAAGAAUACGAGUCAAGAGAUUCAUGAAUUCUUGCAGUUCUUCAAAUACGACACGGAACGGUUUGUGGAGUGGCUCGAUGCGUACAACUUCAUACCGGGCUCAAACAUGAGUAUCACGUGGGACGAUCUCGGAAAUGGAAUGUACUUGGGUCCAAAUGCAUCGAAGGAUUUUGAGGCGAUAAACGGGUUGGCGGGGCAGUUCGCAACAAAUUUCUCGGAGAGUUUCGGCGAUUUCAAGUAUUUCAAGGAGAGACUCGUGGAAAUGCUCAAUGUGUCGUCCCUCUUUUCUCGUGUCAGGACCAUGGAGCCGUGGUUGAAGAACUUUCUGGAGUAUGCGCCACCAUUAAAGAAAUUUCCGUGCGAGGAGAGUACGAUUUGUCAAUUUGUCUCUGAGAAGUUCAUUGCAACUGUUCGAAUCCUCACAAAUCGAUUUAACGACUAUUCUUAUAUGACCGCAGGCAAUGCAGAAAUCAGAGAGGAAAGUAUGAUAUUCAAAAUGGAAAGUGUUCAAGGAGUGAAAAGGGAAGAACUGAUCAAAAUCCUGGACGGAAUACCUGAUUUGCUCACGGCGGCGCAAAGGGUGACUGAGAAUCACUCGCAAACCGACUACGCAGCGAAUCACUUCGCACCAGUUAUACCUGAAAGCUUUAAACAUUGGGUCGAGGAGAGAAGAGUCGAAUUUGAGAAAUUCUACAAGCCAUCGGUCCUGAAGCCCGAACUGAAGCGUCUCCAAGAAUCGAUAACUCAAAUUCUCUCGGCAGACUUUACGGAACUCAACGCGUUUUCACUGGCCAAACGGGCGAUGGUCGAACUGAGAAGCAUCCGGGGAUUCAGUCGUCUUCGGAAUCUGAAUGACCGUGAGAAAUAUAUGCACGGGAAUUGGUCCGAGAAGUGGAGGGACAUCCGAGUGGCUCUGAAUGUCUCGCAAGGGUUGGUCAACGAAGAGAAGAAGAUCAUGGACAACUGGCAACGACUCUACGCUCUUCCGGUGACCGAAGACAAUAAUCCGUUCGGAGUAUUGUACACUUUCAUCAAGGAACCAAUGGACUGGAAUGAAGCAUUGAUAGCUCUGACGGAUCUGUUGAAGGUCGUACAUGAAACCAGAGACAUGGUACACAAUGCUACGAUGCAUCCGCCUGACCACAAUCUUCCGACUCCAAAUCCCAGUGAGUUCUUCAAACAGGCAUCGCAACAGUUGUCACUGGCUGCCAAUGUACUUGCAACUUUCGACUCGGUCUCUGCCAAAAUAACUGAUAUUGACGUGAUUAGAACUAAUAACCAGAAGAUAUGGAAUUGGAAGAAAAUGUUUGAGAAGAAGAGUGGCAAAGUGUUUGCAUGGCCGACCUCGGAAGAGAACGAAUGGUUGGUACGACUGAAAAACGUUCUGGUGCUGAUGGAGCAAAGGUGCCGCAAAUUGAACUUUCUGACCAUUCUGGACCUUUCGCGGGCCAACGACGUCUUCGAUCCGGUUCUGGAUAUCGGAGAUUGGACCGAGAUAGACUUGAAUUCGAUGCAGGACACUUUGACGACGAUGAGCGGAUUCCUUGCUGACUCUGAAAAGACGUGGAUUACCCCGACAGUGAACGCAUUUGGAAAUGUGACGAAAUUGGAUUUGAACUUUGAGAAGUUUCACCCGGCUGUCCAGGCAUUCCCGAAGGUUGCUCAAGACUUGGAAUUGAUGAUAGCAUCCGGAGUCAGUUCAAGACCACCACUUGUGAUGGCAGGGAACAAAAAUGAAAAUGGAUAUGAAGGAUGGAGUGAGAAGACGAAAUCGAAGAGGCUUCAGAUGUGAGUAAGAGGGACCGGAAAGUAGGGACUGAUUAUGCACUCAUUUCAGGGAACUGUUCAAUCCGUACGUUCACGCUGUUGUGUCUCUGAUCUUCCUCAUCGUCGCUAUAUGCAUCUUCAACCGACGGAACCAUUCGUUGAUUAGUGAGUAGAAAAACUGAGCAUCAAUCACAUUUCAAGACUUUUUACAGGAUACGACGCAGGCAGGGUCCCAACUGAGCGGGAACGAGAUGAGGGCGGUGAGAACUUGAAUAUUGAACUUCAUAGGUUCAUAUUUCAUGCUUUUUCUUUCAGACAAUCUCGCAAUUGCCGAAUGGUUCGAAGUCAACUACUUUCCAAAUGUCAACAAUCCAGAAGCUUCCGAACGGCACGGGGCUCAGAUUCUAGCUCGUAGAGCUCACGAAGACUUCCGAGUGCUGGCAGCGAAUAAACCGGCGAUGGGUCCGUGCACAAAUCAAGAAAAGUAUCGGCUCAUGUGCAGGUAGCCCGGCUUCAUAAUGUCAUGUUCAAAACAAGUGUUCAGAUAUGACUCCCGUCCGAUCUUCGACCAUAACCUCGUUCGGAUCUUGGACGAUCACGGCGCGAUGCAGCCGAUCCCUCCGUUCUACCCGGCCACCUGGGUCCUAAUCCCCAGGGGCAUCACGUACAUCGCAGCCGAGACGCCGAAACCCGCCAACUCAGAAGCAUUCUGGCACUUGGUUUGGACGCACGAAGUGUCGACUCUGGUGCUGUUGUGCGGACUGAACGAAGUUUCGAAGAGAUGUGAGGGACCAGCGGGAAAUCAGGGUUAACAUCGAGCGUUUCAGUUGGUCUGAAAAUGAACAGCAGCGUCCUGUACAUUCCGGUCAAAGAAAAGCAUCAGAACAAGGACAAUGAGUACAUCCAGGUUACGUUCGGACGGUACACGAUCACGUUGGAGAAGAUGGAUACGAUGGAGAACAAUACUGUCACAGUGAGACAGUUGAUUAUUACCAACUCGGAGGAGCCGGGAAUCGCCAAAACGGUCACCCAUUAUCAUCACAUAGCGUGGCCGAUGUACGGAUGUCCGCGCAACUUCGAGGGAGUCAUGGACAUUCUGAAACGGGUCAGCUGGAACACGAACAAGAAUGGACAGCCGCCGGUACUUGUGCACUGCUCGAAUGGCUGCGGAAGAACUGGCACUUUAUCGGUAACGAGUAGUCCUCACUCAGACGUUUGCAACAAGAGCUACCUUCCAGGGAUCGACUGGGUCCUCAAACGUCUGUUCCGGGACGGCAACACCUCGAUCGUCACGAUCCUUGUGAACGAAUUCCGUCUGCAACUUGCGAACGCCGUCCAGACUCCCAUCCAACUGAUCUAUCUCUAUGCUUCCGUCUAUCUCCACUACAAACAUGUAAGCGUUGAAUUGAAAUUCGAAUUCGACUGCAUCAUCAAUUUCAGCCUGACAUGUCUGGCAGUCUGAAACUGAUCAAGGCCUAUCAAAAGUUUUCGGCAAAGGAGGAGUCGAAGUUGCCAGUUUUGGAAUGGGAAUGA